AUGUGUAUGAUGGCGUCGGCCGUGAGUGGGAGGGAGGCACCUGCGUACCAAUCUCAAUCCUCUUGGAAUACAAGAAGCUGGCAGGAGUUGCCCAGCCUCGACGCAAGAACGAGACGACGGUACGAUCACAGCCUCCUCCGUUGCCUUACCCCCUUUUCCGACUGGUGUCUGUUACAUUUUGCCAUCGGUUGUUUCCCUCAUUCCCGGUACCAACCCUCAUGGCAUGAGACGGGGCUUUUGCUCAGGUCACAUUUCUCCAUAAAAGACAGUCGUGCUGGCAGUCUUAUUCCCUGGAUGCCAUCAGCGUGUGCUCCCAUCGACUUGCAGCCGCCUGCACUGCGACCAUCAUUUCGUUUCGUUUCCCAUUCAAGACUCACUACUGCACGCACACUUUAA